UUCCUCAGGCAAGUCUAUGAGGAAGUGGGUGGAGUCUAUCAACAAGAUCAUCAAGAGGAAGAUGCAGACUCAGUCCAACGGGGUCAGCCACAACAUCACCUUCGAGAGCCCGCCCCCGCCCAUCGAGUGGCACAUCAGCCGCCUGGGUCAGACGGACACCUUUGACCUCAUGACCCUUCACCCCAUAGAGAUCGCCCGCCAGCUCACCCUGUUGGAGUCAGAGCUAUACAGGGCUGUGAGGCCAUCUGAGCUGGUGGGGAGUGUGUUACUGUCUUGUUGAAGUGUGUUACUGUCCCCCUUCUCUCCCCAGGGCUGUGAGGCCAUCUGAGCUGGUGGGGGAGUGUGUUACUGUCCCCCUUCUCUCCCCAGGGCUGUGAGGCCAUCUGAGCUGGUGGGGGAGUGUGUUACUGUCUUGUUGAAGUGUGUUACUGUCCCCCUUCUC